AUGGCAAAUGGCGUAACGGCAAACAGCAUGCGGGUGAGUGUUAAGGCCCCAGAUCUCGGAGCAUUUCCACUUGACCACUAUCGUGAGUGUAAGAGCGAAAUUGAGGAAUAUUACACGUGCCUCAGGAGUAACGAUUACGUCACUCCCAUGUGUCGUGAGCAGGUGCGGGCGUAUUUGCAGUGUCGUAUGGACCGCGGUCUCAUGAAACCUGCUGAUAUUGAGGGCUUUGGUAUUCCAGAAACAGAGUUUGUUCCAAUGCGCCAACACCGCGCAGACAUACGACAGCAGUGGUUACGGCAGAAGAUGAAUCAAGUCACGGCGGUGUGGGAAAGUUAUAGGCGAGACGACUUGAACGUCCCGGACGGUUAUGAGCGGCCGAGGGGCAGCGACUCCGGUGGAAGACCGCAGCCGCUACCCGGCGAAACGAACAAAACAUGA